AUUUUAAAGUAUCAUGGUGGGUUGGUCCUGUGUGUUGCGUAGUUGCAUCAGAAUUGCUGACGGCGUUUGAGGUAUAUAAAGACUCGCAGACGCAGUGGCUGUAUCUGUUUAGUUGUAACCUGUGCACAGAAGAUUACCUCGUAACGCUGCGUUCUUGCUGUCGCUACUAACUAAGCAGACUUUUAUCAGAGAGAAGCAAAGAUGGCAGAAUCAAUGAGCAUAUCGUACAAAGUGUAUCUGGAAGAUGGUACAGACACUACCGAAGUACGACGUUUUGGGAUUGAUCGCAGUCUUGCUUUCAAGUUCAAUUUCCUAAGAGAGAAACUCCAGAAAGUAUUCCCAUCACUGCAGAAUAGGAACUUUUAUGUUUCCUGGAAAGAUCAGGAAGGUGACAUAAUUACAAUAUCAUCUGAUGAGGAACUCACAUUAGCACUGAGUGAGAUGAAUACAGACGUAAGAAAGUUGUAUGUUGCUGUCAAACCUGAAGAAACUUUAGCUCCCGAUGCAGAAAUGCCUGAAAUGGGACGACCAAUAGAUGGUCCUGCAGUUCACGAGGGAGUGACCUGCGAUGGCUGCAACAAGCUGAUUGUUGGUUUCAGAUACAAGUGUGCUGUUUGUCCUGAUUUUGACCUCUGCUCUACAUGUGAAGGCUUUGGAAUGCACGAUGAACAUUUCAUGAUACGUAUUUCAAAACCAAUUAAGUGGCGUUCAACUUACAGCCGACGUUUGGCACAUCAUAUGGCCAAGUGGUCUCGCCAGUCUGAAACUCAUAGGCAUCACCACCAGCGUCGCACAAACAAUGUGAAAGGUGUUAAUGAAAGCAAUGUUCAGUGCCCAUACAGAAGGUCCUACAGUGAACAUCCUGGUUGGUUGGAAUAUCUCUGCAGCCAGCUAGGUGAAUGGGUCAAUCUUCCAGGAGAGGUUGAAAUUCCUCCAAAGGCAGGCAAUACUGCUACUACCACAGAAAAUACUACACCAAAACCUUCAACUUCAAGUGCAGCAGAGUGCACAGAAGGUCCGCAGGGAACAGCAACACAAAGGAAUUCUAAUCAGCAGAGAGAUACAACUUAUUUACAGAAUGUGGGUGAGACUGUUGCAGCACUGCUUAGUCCACUGGGAAUAGAUGUUGAGAUCCAGGUUAAGGACAAGAACCAGAAGCAGACAGGUGAAAAGCAGGAUACACCCCAGGGUGCAGCUCAGGCCAAGGAAGCGGAGAAAACUGCACAGGCCAAGGAAGCAGAGAAUACUGCCCAGGCCAAGGAACCAGAGAAGAAUGUCCAGUCUGGGGUGGCAGAAAUGGCAGAGGCGGCUUCAGUGUCAGAGCCUAUGGAAGUGAGUCCAGAGACUCCAUCAGCCCCACCAGAACAACAUUCUAGUGAAUCAGAAGAGUGGACUGUCCUCAUACCAGAUAAUGUUGGAUCUCCAAAUCCUGUAGCCAGUAAAGCCGUUGACGAAUUACUAAAGACUCUUGAGGAACCUUAUUAUUCUCCAAUAUACCCUAGAGUGGAUGAUGUGAUUGCCAGAACACGUGAAUUAGAACUUCAGUCCAUUACAGAUCCAAAAGUAGCAAAAACACUGAGGCAGCUACUAGCAAUGGGAUUCACAAAUGAAGGAGGUUGGCUGACACAGUUGAUUCAAAUCAAGGAUGGAAAUAUUGACAGAGUUUUGGAUGUUCUGCUCCCUGUUAAGAAGUAGAGCUUCCAGAAUAAUUAUGAGAUUGAAAUAUUUGUAAAUGUAUGGUCUUAUUGUAGAAAAAAAAUUGUAUGCUGUACUUUUAUUAUGCAGUUGAUCAUUUUAGUUUCCAAAAUGAUUUGUAAACACAUCUGACAUAUGUUAUCUAAUGUUACUGAAUGUUUUACUUAUAAAACAUAUUGUAUUAUCAUUCCUGACCUAUUUUUAAGAUACACUGUAACCAUUUGCUACUUUACAGUGCACCUAAGGAUACUGCAAAUAGGCUUAUUCUGUUAACUCUUUAGUUACCAGUAUGGUACCUAAAAUGUUAUUAAUUCCAUUAGUAACUACACCAUAUUGUAGUUCAUUAACCCAUAUAGAGGACCCAUCUGUGACGUGCAAGCAAAUGCUCCUCGUAGGUGCUCCUUAGUUAAUGGUAGUGUUAGUUCCUCAAUUUGCACAAAUUAAAAGUAUGCUUCUUGUAUGUAUUAUUAUUGACUUGUUGAUUUAUAGUGUUGGCAUAUCUUUCUAAAGAUGUUGCUUUUAAUAUAGACUGGUAGUAUGUAAAUAUGGUACGUGACGGUAUCUGAUUGUCUUUCAUUGGUUUAAUUUCUAUUACUGUAAUUUCCAAUUAGUAAUGUAUGAAUCUUAAAUACCAAUAAAUUCAUUGUUUUCUGAA